AUGCGCACAUUCUCCCGCUUUCUCGCCUCGCUGACGCUCUUCCUCUGGCUUCAGUCGGGGGCCAAUGCUGUCGAGACCAUAGGGCCUACGGGCAAUAUGCGCAUUGUGAACAAAGUGGUCUCCCCCGAUGGCUUCAGCCGCUCCGCCGUCGUUGCUGGCAAGACUACUGCCGGAGCAACCAAUCCAGGUGUCCUUAUUCGCGGCUGGAAGGGCAACAACUUCAAGCUGAACGUUGUCAAUGAGCUCACCGAUACAACAAUGUUGAAGACUACGAGUAUUCACUGGCAUGGCUUCUUCCAAGCCGGUACGUCGUGGGCUGAUGGACCCGCCUUCGUCACCCAGUGCCCAAUCGCUGCUGGAAAUAGUUUCCUGUACGACUUCAAGGUUCCCGAUCAAGCUGGUACAUUUUGGUACCAUUCGCAUCUUUCGACUCAAUAUUGUGAUGGACUCAGAGGCGCUUUCGUAGUAUACGAUCUAUUCGAUCCGCACAGGCUCCGCUAUGAUAUAGACAAUGCGGAUACUGUCAUUACACUCGAAGACUGGUAUCAUGUCGUGGCCCCACAAAAUGGACCAAUCCCUACUCCCGACAGCACGCUUAUCAAUGGAUUGGGCCGCUAUGCUGGUGGACCCACGUCUCCACUAGCUGUAGUCCGUGUACUUUGGGGUUUGAGAUAUCGCUUCCGAUUAGUAUCUUUAUCGUGCGACCCCAACUGGACGUUCUCGAUCGACGGCCACAAGCUCCUGGUUAUUGAAGCUGAUGCAGUCAAUGUCCAACCUGUUGAAGUGGAUAGCAUACAAAUAUUCGCAGGUCAAAGAUACUCGUUCGUGUUGAAGGCAAACCAGCAGAUCGGGAAUUACUGGAUUCGUGCUCAGCCGAACCUGGGGACAGUUGGCUACGUUGGUGGAGUCAAUUCUGCUAUAUUACGGUACAUCUUAGCACCCAAUGCCGACCCAACGACAACCGAACCAGCGAGCCCUGUCCCCCUCUUGGAAACUGAUCUCGUCCCUCUUUCAAAUCCUGGUGCACCCGGACCCCCUGUGCCUGGUGGAGCAGACGUUAACAUCAAUCUUGCCUUAAACUUCGACUUUACUACUUUCGAGAUGACCAUUAACGGUAAUCCCUUCCACCCUCCCACCGCGCCCGUCCUCCUCCAGAUCCUUUCUGGCGCGGUCACUGCAGCUUCUCUUCUACCCGCUGGGGGCGUUUACGAGUUACCACCAAACAAAGUCAUCGAACUUUCGAUGCCUGCGUUAGCUGUUGGUGGCCCCCACCCUUUCCAUCUUCACGGUCACACUUUCGACGUCAUUAGGAGUGCCGGGAUGACUACCUAUAACUUCGACACUCCGGCACGACGCGAUGUCGUCAAUACUGGUGUCAGCACAGAUGAUAAUGUCACUAUUCGAUUUGUAACUGACAACCCAGGACCUUGGUUCCUCCACUGCCAUAUUGACUGGCAUCUUGAGAUUGGUCUUGCUGUCGUGUUCGCGGAGGACGCGCCAUCCGUUAACACCGAGAACCCUCCAGCAUCUUGGGAUGCACUGUGUCCUAUCUAUGAUGCACUCACCGACGAGGAAAAAGGCGGUUUGCUCCCAACCUAG